UGUAUACAUACAGGUGUAUUCGGCAAUGCCUUAUUUUUGUGAUUGAAGCUGGGGCAUUAGCAUAUUGUGUGGCUGACACCCCACUGUUUUUUCCAGAGAACUGGUAAUUGCAGCCUCUCCCUGUGUCUUACAGGCACACCCAGACACUGUGCUCCUUCUUUGGAAAGACAGAGCUGCUCUGUGUUUUCUGUCGGAAACAGAGUUUUUCCACAAGUCCACAGCUGGUACAUUAACUAGGCUGAAUGGCUACUUACUCUCAACUAUCUGACUAUGAAUCAUCUCCAUGGCAACCAGAUACUUUCAAGGCAAGAGAGAGUAAUUUAAACAGCCCUCCUACAUCAAUACAUUACACUAAGGAUGUUAAUAUUACUAAUGGCUCUCAGUCUGAAGUCUUCGAGGAGACCUUUAAAUCCACACUUAAGGUGACCUCUGACAGCUCAUCGCCACAACAUGUGGAGGACACCGACUCCAAGUUAAGUACCACCCUCGCUUCCUUCAUGGACAAGAUAAGAUACUUAGAAAAACAAAGAGAGAUCUUGGAAGACCGUUGGGCCAUGCUACAAGUAGAAGAAAACUCCCAAAAAGAUUUGGAGCCAAUUUAUCUGUCGUACAUCAGUCGGCUCCUUGGUCAGGUGAAUCGUGUCACUCAGAAGAACCACCAUACACAAUUCAACUUGUUGGACAUGAUGGAUUCCGUGAAAGAUAACAAGAACAAGUUUGAAGGUGAACUCUUCUUACACACACAAUUGGAGUAUUCCUUUGUAGAUAUGAAAAAGGAUGUGGACACCUGCAGCUUAGAUCGAACAGAACUGGAAAUUAAACGGAGGGAGCUGAAAGGUUUGAUAGAACUGAUGAAAUCCGUAUAUGAACAGGAACUGAAGGAGUUAAUUGAAGAGACAGGGGACAUAUCAGUUCUAGUGAACAUGGACAGUAGUUGUCACUUGGACCUGGAGAGUAUCGUAGAAGAGGUGAAAGAGCGUUAUGAAAGUAUUGCAGCUCGGAGCCGGAAGGAAGCUCAGGCACUGUCCAAGAGCAAGCUGCAGCAGGGUGCACUAAGGGCAGGACACUGUGAGGUAGAACUGGAGAACAGCCGCACACAGAUAAGUCAACUGAACAGUAAGAUUCAACGCAUGAGGUCAGAGAUCUUAAGUGUUCAGAACCAGUGUAUACAUCAGGAGCAAGAAGUGUCAAAGGCCAAGACAAAGAGUAAUACUGCACUUAAAGAUGCCAAUAUGAAGCUUGAGGAGGUCCAGGAAGCUCUGCAGAAGGCCAAGCAGGACAUAGCUCGCCAAAUGCGAGAAUACCAGCAGCUGAUGAAUGUGAAACUGUCUCUGGAUAUUGAAAUUGUCACUUACAAGAAACUGUUGGAAGGAGAGGAGAGCAGGUUGCAAGCUCCACCUUCAGUUGUAAAUGUUCACGUUGAAAGUGAAGUUCGAAAACCGGCGCCUUCUAGAUUUAAAAGAAGCAGCAGUUCCAAGAGUCUUCAGAGCAGUUCCUCAGAUUAUUAAAGUAGUAUUUUUAUUAUGGUAACCUUCCAACAACUUUCACCAAGCCUUCUAGUUGCAAUUUCAAAAUGUAAAGUCAACCGCAAGUGGUGAAGAAAUGGCCUAGAUCACUACAACAUUUAAACAGUUCCUGUAUACACAUUUACAUAAACCGCUUUGCUUUUCACCUUAUAGGAUUCUAUGAAUAAACAUAGUUCUGUCUUUUGUCUACACACAUCAAAAA